AUGGGAAUGAGCUGGGACCUGUGGAGAGAUGAGGGUUUUCUCGGGGUCGGCAGUUCCGUUAGUUUCUCUCCGCAUGGAGCGGUGUCUCGUGUUCGCGUGGCAGGACCAGGAUUGACGUCUCAGUUUGUGCUCCCAGGGCUGUCCUGGAAGCGGUUGUUGCCGCAGGGCGUUGGGCUGGGCCCGAGCUGUGCGUCCGGGAGCGCUCCGGGUGGACCGAGCGGGCCGGGGCGGCAGCGGCCCUGCCUGCCCGGGGAGCCCGCGGCCUCACGGAUCCGCAGGGCCCGGCAGCUGCUUCCCAUAAAAGCUGGCCAGCAGAAUACCCACACCAAAGUCAGCACAGAACACAACAAGGAGUGUCUCAUAAACAUUUCCAAGUACAAGUUUUCCCUGGUCAUAAGUGGUCUCACCAAUAUCUUAAAAAAUGUUAAUAACAUGAGAAUAUUUGGUGAAACUGCUGAAAAGAAUUUAUAUCUAUCUCAGCUGAUUAUCUUGGAUACACUGGAAAAAUGUCUGGCAGGGCAACCGAAAGACACCAUGCGACUCGAUGAGACUAUGCUGGUGAAACAGUUGUUGCCAGAAAUCUGCCACUUCAUCCACACUUACCGCGAAGGGAACCAGCACGCGGCUGAGCUGCGCAAUUCGGCCUCUGGGGUCCUGUUUUCCCUUAGCUGCAAUAAUUUUAAUGCUGUGUUCAGCCGCAUCUCCACCAGAUUGCAGGAGCUGACCGUGUGUUCAGAGGAUAACGCUGAUGUUCAUGAUAUCGAACUUUUACAGUACAUCAGUGUGGACUGUGCAAAACUCAAACGACUCUUGCAAGAGACAGUAUUCAAGUUUAAAGCCCUAAAGAAAGUAGCUCAGUUAGCUGUUAUCAACAGUCUGGAAAAGGCGUUUUGGAACUGGGUGGAAAACUAUCCUGAUGAAUUCACAAAGCUGUAUCAAACACCACAGACUGAUAUGGCUGAUUGUGCAGAGAAGUUGUUUGACUUAGUGGAUGGCUUUGCUGAAAGCACAAAGCGUAAAGCAGCAGUCUGGCCACUGCAAAUCAUACUGCUAGUCCUGUGUCCUGAGAUAAUCCAAGAUAUAGCAAAGGAUGUGGUAGAAGAAACUAAAAUGAACAAGAAACUGUUCCUGGACAAUCUCAGGAAAGCCCUUGCAGGCCACAGUGGAAGCAGACAGCUGACUGAAAGCGCUGCUAUUGCUUGUGUUAAAUUGUGCAAAGCAUCUACCUACAUCAACUGGGAAGAUAAUUCUGUCAUUUUCCUACUAGUGCAGUCCAUGGUAGUAGAUCUUAAGAAUUUGCUGUUUAAUCCAAGCAAACCAUUCUCAAGAGGCAAUCAGAAUGCAGAUGUAGACCUUAUGAUUGACUGCUUAGUUUCCUGCUUCCGCAUAAACCCUCGCAACAACCAACACUUUAAGAUCUGCUUGGCCCAAAAUUCCCCUUCGACAUUUCAUUAUGUACUGGUAAAUUCACUCCACCGAAUAAUCACAAAUUCUGCAUUGGACUGGUGGCCCAAGAUUGAUGCUGUGUACUGUCAUUCCGUGGAGCUUCGCAGCAUGUUUAGUGAGACGCUUCAAAAAGCUAUUCAAGGCUGUGGGGCACAUUCAGCAAUUCGCAUGACACCGAGUCUCACAUUUAAAGAGAAAAUGACAAGCCUUAAAUUUAAAGAAAAACCUACAGAUUUGGAAACCAGAAGCUACAAAUUCUUGCUGUUAUCCUUGGUAAAAUUGAUCCAUGCUGAUCCAAAGCUUUUGCUAUGUAAUCCAAGGAAGCAAGGACCUGAGACGCAAGGUAGCACUGCAGAAUUAAUUACAGGCCUUGUACAUCUCGUUCCACAAUCCAGCAUGCCAGAUAUAGCACAGGAAGCCAUGGAGGCCUUGCUAGUUCUUCACCAACUAGACAGCAUCGACUUGUGGAAUCCUGAUGCUCCUAUAGAAACAUUCUGGGAAAUUAGUUCACAAAUGCUUUUUUAUAUCUGCAAGAAACUAACUAGUCAUCAGAUGCUCAGCAGUACAGAAAUCCUCAAGUGGCUGAGAGAAAUUCUCAUUUGUAGGAAUAAGUUUCUUCUAAAGAACAAACAGUCAGAUAGGAGUUCCUGUCACUUUCUCUUUCUUUAUGAUGUCUCUGGAAGUGGAACUAGUCAAAUUUCCCUUGACCAUGAAGAGAUGGUACGUUGUACUCCAGGAGCUACGCUCAGGAAAGGGAAAGGGAAUUCUUCCAUAGAAAGUGCAGCAGGAUGCAGUGGAACACCUAUUUGUCCCCAAGCCCAAACAAAAUUGGAAGUCGCACUAUACAUGUUUUUGUGGAGCCCUGAUAUUGAGGCAGUCCUUGUUGCAAUGUCCUGUUUCCGGCAUCUCUGUGAGGAAGCAGAUAUCAGAUGUGGAGUAGACGAAGUCUCGGUUCAUAAUUUUUUGCCGAACUACAACACUUUCAUGGAAUUUGCGUCUGUUAGCAAUAUGAUGUCAACAGGAAGAGCAGCUCUUCAGAAGAGAGUGAUGGCUUUAUUAAGACGCAUUGAACAUCCAACUGCAGGCAACACAGAGGCCUGGGAGGAUACACAUGCAAAAUGGGAACAAGCUACAAAGCUAAUCCUCAAUUAUCCAAAAACCAAAAUGGAAGAUGGGCAGGUUACCGAAAGUCUUCAUAAGACAAUUGUUAAGAGACGAAUGUCUCACGUUAGUGGAGGAGGCUCCAUAGACUUGUCUGACACGGAUUCUCUUCAGGAGUGGAUCAACAUGACAGGGUUUUUAUGUGCUCUCGGAGGAGUGUGCCUGCAGCAUCGUAGCAACGCGGGACUAGCAACCUACAGCCCACCUAUGGGCCCCGUCAACGAGCGUAAGGGCUCCAUGAUAUCCAUGGUAUCCACUGAGGGAAAUGCAGAGACUCCUGUGAGCAAAUUCAUAGAUCGAUUAUUGACUCUGAUGGUCUGUAACCAUGAGAAAGUGGGACUUCAGAUACGGACUAAUAUUAAAGAUCUGGUGGGUUUGGAGUUGAGUCCAGCGCUUUAUCCAAUGCUGUUUAACAAACUGAAGAACACCAUCAGCAAGUUUUUUGAUUCUCAAGGGCAGGUUUUGUUAACCGAGACAAAUACACAAUUUGUAGAGCAAACCAUUGCUAUAAUGAAGAAUUUGCUUGAUAAUCAUACAGAAGGGAGCUCAGAGCAUCUUGGACAAGCUAGUAUUGAGACAAUGAUGCUGAAUUUGGUUAGAUAUGUGCGUGUGCUUGGAAAUUUGGUACAUGCAAUUCAAAUAAAAACUAAACUCUGUCAGUUAGUAGAAGUAAUGAUGGAGAGGAGAGAUGACCUGUCAUUUUGCCAAGAAAUGAAGUUUAGGAACAAAAUGGUGGAAUAUUUGACAGACUGGGUUAUGGGAACAUCUAAUCAAGCAACAGAUGAAGACGUGAAAUGUCUGACAAGAGAUUUGGACCAAGCAAGUAUGGAAGCGGUAGUUUCUCUUCUUGCUGGGCUUCCACUGCAACCUGAAGAAGGAGAUGGAGUUGAGUUGAUGGAAGCCAAAUCCCAGCUAUUUCUUAAAUAUUUCACUCUGUUUAUGAACCUUCUAAAUGACUGUAGUGAAGUUGAAGAUGACAGCGCACAAACAGGCGGCCGGAAGCGUGGGAUGUCUCGCAGACUGGCCUCGCUGCGGCACUGUACUGUUCUGGCUAUGUCAAACUUGCUCAAUGCGAACGUGGACAGCGGUCUUAUGCAUUCAAUAGGCUUGGGCUAUCAUAAAGACCUCCAGACAAGAGCUACAUUCAUGGAAGUCCUCACUAAAAUUCUGCAGCAGGGAACAGAAUUUGAUACUUUAGCAGAAACUGUGCUAGCAGAUCGGUUUGAGAGGUUGGUGGAGCUGGUUACAAUGAUGGGUGAUCAGGGAGAGCUUCCUAUUGCUAUGGCUUUAGCCAAUGUGGUGCCUUGUUCUCAGUGGGAUGAGCUAGCUCGAGUCCUGGUCACGCUCUUUGAUUCCCGACACUUACUCUACCAGCUACUUUGGAAUUUAGCCAGUAAAAUAAUGACUUUCUGUUUUAAGGUAUAUGGUGCUACGUACUUGCAGAAGCUUUUGGAACCUUUAUUAAGGACUGUGAUCACCUCCUCAGAAUGGCAGCAUGUUAGCUUUGAGGUGGAUCCUACAAGGCUGGAGCCUACAGAAAGUCUUGAAGAGAAUCAGCGGAGCCUCUUGCAAAUGACAGAAAAGUUUUUUCAUGCAAUCAUUAAUUCCUCUUGCGAGUUCCCGCCCCAGCUGCGCAGUGUGUGCCACUGCUUGUACCAGGCAACUUGCCACUCUCUACUGAAUAAAGCUACCGUAAAAGAAAAAAAGGAAAACAAAAAAUCAGUAGUUAGCCAGCGGUUCCCUCAGAACAGCAUCGGCGCGGUCGGCAGCGCCAUGUUCCUGCGGUUCAUCAACCCCGCCAUCGUCUCGCCCUACGAGGCCGGCAUUCUGGACAAGAAGCCUCCCCCCAGGAUCGAGAGGGGAUUGAAACUCAUGUCAAAGAUCCUUCAGAGUAUUGCCAACCAUGUCCUGUUUACAAAAGAAGAACAUAUGCGGCCUUUUAACGAUUUUGUCAAAAGCAAUUUUGACGCAGCUCGAAGGUUUUUCCUUGAUAUUGCAUCCGACUGUCCGGCUAGUGACACCGUCAACCACAGCCUGUCAUUCAUCAGUGAUGGCAAUGUGCUCGCUUUGCACCGGUUGCUGUGGAACAAUCAGGAGAAGAUUGGCCAGUACCUUUCCAGCAACAGGGACCACAAGGCUGUCGGCAGGCGACCUUUUGACAAAAUGGCCACUCUUCUUGCCUAUCUGGGUCCUCCAGAGCACAAACCUGUGGCAGACACUCAUUGGUCCAGUUUAAAUCUCACUAGCUCCAAAUUUGAAGAAUUUAUGACAAGGCAUCAGGUACAUGAAAAAGAGGAGUUCAAAGCACUGAAAACAUUAAAUAUUUUCUACCAAGCUGGGACAUCAAAAGCUGGCAAUCCUGUUUUCUACUAUAUCGCUCGGCGGUUCAAGACUGGCCAGAUCAAUGGGGAUUUAUUGAUAUACCAUGUCCUGCUAACUCUGAAGCCAUACUAUGCAAAGCCAUAUGAGAUUGUAGUGGACCUCACACACGCUGGCCCCAGUAAUCGUUUUAAAACAGACUUUCUUUCUAAAUGGUUUGUAGUGUUUCCAGGCUUUGCUUAUGAAAAUGUCUCAGCAGUUUUUAUUUAUAACUGUAAUUCUUGGGUCAGAGAAUACACCAAGUACCAUGAAAGACUCUUGACGGGCUUGAAAGGAAGCAAAAGACUUAUUUUCAUAGACUCUCCAGGAAAACUGGCAGAGCACAUUGACCACGACCAGCAGAAACUCCCGGCAGCUACCUUGGCUUUGGAGGAGGACUUGAAAGUGUUUCACAACGCUCUCAAACUGGCUCAUAAAGACACCAAAGUUUCUAUCAAAGUUGGGUCUACAGCUGUGCAGGUGACAUCAGCAGAGCGAACAAGAGUCCUGGGACAAACAGUGUUUUUAAACGAUAUCUACUAUGCCUCAGAAAUUGAGGAGAUAUGUCUUGUUGAUGAGAACCAGUUUACCUUGACCAUCGCCAACCAAGGCACGCCGCUCACGUUCAUGCAUCAGGAGUGCGAAGCCAUCGUUCGGUCCAUCAUUCACAUACGGACACGGUGGGAGCUGUCACAACCGGACUCCAUCCCGCAGCACACCAAAAUUCGCCCUAAAGAUGUCCCUGGGACGCUGCUGAACAUAGCACUGCUCAACUUAGGAAGCUCAGACCCCAGUUUGCGGUCUGCUGCCUAUAAUCUUCUGUGUGCCUUAACCUGUACCUUUAAUUUAAAGAUUGAGGGCCAGUUACUGGAAACUUCAGGUCUGUGUAUUCCUGCCAACAACACGCUCUUUAUCGUGUCUAUUAGUAAAACUCUUGCAGCUAAUGAACCACACCUUACCCUGGAGUUCUUGGAAGAAUGCAUUUCUGGAUUUAGCAAAUCUAGUAUUGAACUGAAACAUCUCUGUCUGGAGUACAUGACUCCCUGGUUAUCAAAUCUGGUGCGAUUCUGUAAACACAAUGACGACGCCAAGCGCCAGCGGGUCACUGCUAUUCUUGAUAAGCUCAUAACAAUGACCAUAAAUGAAAAGCAGAUGUAUCCUUCCAUUCAAGCCAAGAUAUGGGGGAGUCUUGGACAGAUAACAGAUCUGCUUGAUGUGGUGCUGGACAGUUUCAUCAAAACUAGCGCCACAGGAGGGUUGGGAUCCAUAAAAGCUGAGGUUAUGGCAGACACAGCUGUAGCUCUUGCAUCUGGAAAUGUGAAAUUGGUUUCAAGCAAAGUAAUUGGGAGGAUGUGUAAAAUAAUUGACAAGACCUGUCUGUCUCCAACUCCUACACUAGAACAGCACCUGAUGUGGGAUGAUAUUGCAAUUCUAGCCCGUUACAUGCUGAUGCUCUCCUUCAACAACUCACUGGAUGUGGCGGCACAUCUGCCCUACCUCUUCCAUGUCGUCACUUUACUGGUGGCCACUGGUCCUCUUUCUCUCAGAGCUUCCACUCAUGGUCUGGUCAUCAACAUCAUUCAUUCUCUGUGCACUUGUUCACAGCUUCACUUCAGUGAGGAGACCAAGCAAGUGCUAAGACUGAGCUUGACUGAGUUCUCUCUGCCCAAGUUUUAUUUGCUGUUUGGAAUCAGCAAAGUGAAGUCGGCAGCAGUCAUCGCCUUCCGCUCCAGCUACCGGGACAGGUCGUUCUCCCCCGGGUCCUACGAAAGGGAGACUUUCGCCCUGACUUCCCUGGAAACUGUCACUGAAGCUUUGCUGGAGAUCAUGGAGGCUUGUAUGAGAGAUAUUCCAACAUGCAAGUGGCUGGACCAGUGGACUGAGCUAGCUCAAAAGUUUGCAUUCCAAUAUAAUCCAUCUCUCCAGCCAAGAGCACUUGUUGUCUUUGGUUGUAUAAGUAAACGGGUCUCUCAUGGACAAAUAAAACAAAUAAUCCGAAUUCUUAGCAAGGGACUUGAGAGCUGUUUAAAAGGUCCUGAUAAUUACAAUAGCCAAGUUCUAAUAGAAGCUACAGUCAUAGCACUCACCAAACUGCAGCCUCUUCUUAAUAAGGACUCUCCUAUGCACAAGGCCCUCUUUUGGGUAGCUAUGGCAGUACUCCAGCUCGAUGAGGUAAACCUGUAUUCGGCAGGUACCGCGCUGCUGGAGCAGAAUCUGCAUACCUUGGAUAGCCUUCGGGUGUUCAAUGAUAAGAGCCCAGAAGAGGUGUUUAUGGAGAUCAGGAGACCACUGGAAUGGCACUGUAAACAGAUGGAUCAUUUUGUUGGGCUAAAUUUCAACUCUAACUUUAAUUUUGCGCUAGUGGGACAUCUCCUGAAAGGGUACAGGCAUCCUUCCCCUACUACUGUAGCAAGAACUGUAAGGAUUUUGCAUACACUACUAGCCCUGGUUAACAAGCAUAGGAAUUGUGACAAGUUUGAGGUGAACACCCAAACUGUGGCUUACCUAGCAGCUUUGCUGACAGUAUCUGAGGAAGUUCGAAGUCGCUGCAGCUUAAAGCAUAGGAAGUCUCUCUUGUUGACAGAUGUUUCGAUGGAAAACGUUCCUAUGGAUACAUAUCCCAUACAUCACAGUGACACUAGCUAUCGGACACUAAAGGAAAAUCAACCGUGGUCAUCACCAAAGGGGUCAGAAAGACACCUAGCUGCAAGUUACCCAACAGUGGGACAGAUCAGCCCUCGAACUCGAAAGUCCAUGAGUUUGGAUAUGGGGCAGCCUUCACAAGCCAACACUAAAAAACUUUUAGGUACAAGGAAAAGUUUUGACCAUUUGAUAUCGGACACAAAGGCUCCUAAAAGGCAAGACAUGGAAUCUGGAAUCACAACGCCCCCCAAAAUGAGGAGAGUAGCCGAAAAUGAUUAUGAAAUGGAAACCCAGAGAAUAUCACCACAGCAACACCCACAUCUACGAAAAGUCUCUGUUUCUGAGUCAAAUGUCCUCCUAGACGAAGAAGUUCUGACUGAUCCCAAAAUUCAAGCACUCCUGCUUACAGUCCUUGCGACGCUGGUGAAGUACACUACGGAUGAGUUUGACCAGCGCAUUCUGUACGAGUAUUUAGCAGAAGCCAGUGUUGUCUUCCCAAAGGUCUUUCCUGUUGUGCAUAAUUUAUUGGAUUCCAAGAUCAAUACCCUUCUGUCUCUGUGCCAGGAUCCAAACUUGUUGAAUCCAGUUCAUGGGAUUGUUCAGAGUGUUGUCUACCAUGAAGAAUCUCCACCCCAAUACCAAACUUCUUAUCUACAAAGUUUUGGAUUUAAUGGGUUAUGGAGAUUUGCUGGCCCAUUUUCCAAGCAAACACAAAUCCCAGACUAUGCUGAGCUCAUAGUGAAGUUUUUGGAUGCCUUGAUUGACACGUACCUGCCUGGGAUUGAUGAGGAGAGCAGUGAGGAAUCGCUCCUGACUCCCACCUCUCCGUACCCGCCGGCAGUGCAGAGCCAGCUGAGCAUUACUGCUAACCUCAACCUCUCCAAUUCCAUGACCUCGCUCGCAACCUCCCAGCACUCCCCAGGCAUCGACAAGGAGAACGUGGAGCUCUCGCCCACCGCCGGACACUCCAACAGCGGCCGGAUGCGCCACGGCUCCGCCAGCCAGGUGCAGAAGCAGCGCAGCGCCGGCAGCUUCAAGCGGCACAGCAUCAAAAAGAUCGUGUGA